AUGGCUGGUUCAGAAAAUCCUACAGACGAAAUUCAAGCAAUCCAAGUUAAUCCUGCGGACGACGUAAGUAUCGUUGAACCAUCUUCGGCGAAAUCGAUGGUUGAGACACUUGUGGCUGACCAAAUCGUUCUUGCCACUCUUUCACAAGCAAUUUUAGCCAAAAUUCAGCCAAGAUUGUCAGAGCACAUUUUCGGACAAAAUACAUACGAAGAAAAUGUCGCAGCGCCUAUAGGCCAGCUGGCAAAUAAUCUCACCGGAGUGUCAUUGGACCAAACGGCGCAGAGAAAUAACAAGGGAAAAUUCUCAGAUACAGUCGACCUCACACAGUCGCAGAACGAUGAUCAUACUCCGCCUGAUCAAGGGGAACUGGACGGCACCUUUGCUAGUGCUGUCGAAUCAAAAGCUAUCCUUCUAGUGGGGGAUACCUGUGCUCAAUUGUCAGCAAAACGCCGGGAACAGGUUUUAUCCAAACUUAACCCGUAUCUCACAUCACUGGGCAAAGAAGAUUUCCCUGAGGCGGAAAAGGAGUUAUUUGGUCAGGGUUUAGUGAAAAUAGACUUGAAGGAUGCAUACCUGACAGUACCUGUCUGGAGGGACCACCAGAAGUACCUCCGCUUUCUUUGGAGGGACUCACUUCUGGAGUUUGCAUGCCUUCCAUUCGGCCUUGCAAGUGCCCCACGGGACAAAAUAAAGAAGGUCCUUCAAAACUGUCAACAACUCUUAAACAACCCUGUAACCUCAGUGCGGGAAUUGUCAAAAUUCCUGGGCCUACUAUCUUCGUCAAUUCAGGCAGUAUUUCCGGCCCCACUGCAUUAUCGAUACCUCCAGCAAGCCAAGAAUUCGGUUCUGAAAAGACAGAAAUCUUACGAAGCUCUGGUCAACCUAGAUUCAGAGGCCCUUCAGGAGGUCCAGUGGUGGAAGAACAAUCUUGUUGCAUGGAACGGGAAGGCCCUGCUCCAACAAUCAACAGAUUUAACAAUAGAAACCGAUGCUUCCCUCCAGGGGUGGGGGGCCCAUUGCCAAGGAGUGUCAACAGGGGGAGGUGGUCGCUACAGGAGAGCAGUCUCCACAUAAAUUGCCUAGAACUCCUAGCAGGAUCCUUAGCAGUCAAAUGCUUUACCAAAUCCAGGGCAUCAGCCCAGGUACUCCUGCUAAUGGACAAUGUCAC